GCGCCGCACACAAGGAUUAGAGGGUUGUUGUGAGUGUCUGCUCAAAGAGAAGAAGCCAGAAGAAAGAAAGAGAUAAAAAAAGAUCUCCAGAAAAAGGACAGCCUCACUAUUUUGGAUAAGUGAUCUGAUUUACCUUUACACAGGCUCUACCUCUCAUCUCACGCCAAGCUGAAGCCCUGCUGAAGCCCUGCUGAGCCUUCACCUGGGGGAGAACAGAUAAGCCAAGGGACUGUAUUGCCUGGACCUCCACACGGGGAGCCAUGUGAGCGGCGCCCCUCCACCCGCUUCACACUACAGAAGUCCCCCCCCCCCACUGUCUGCUCUCUGAGCUGGGGAGCACAACCAGGAUUGUUUCUCUCCCCUCUCUGGAACCCUCCACUGUCAGGGCUCGCGUGGAGGAACUCUCCAGGCUCGGCGGACCGCAGCGGGAGACACUCAUCUCUGUGCACUGGUCGGGGUGUGAGUGCCCCCUGGUCUGGAGGCCGGCCAGCAGCACUCCAGCACCAUGGAUUACCUGUUUGGGAUUGUAAUGCUACUGUGCGGGGCGGUGCAGCCGGGAAGAGGUGUUGAGCCCAAGCACAACGUACCCAGGCUAAAGCUGUCAUACAAGGAGAUGUUAGAGUCCAGUAACCUCGUCACUUUCAAUGGCUUGGCCAACAGCUCGAGCUACGACGCUUUCCUAUUGGAUGAGGAGCGAGGGAGACUGCUGGUCGGAGCCGAGGACCACAUCUUCUCAUUCGACCUCGUCAACAUCAACAGAGACCACAAACAGAUCGCGUGGCCUGCCACCCCCUCGAAGAGGGAUGAAUGCAAGUGGGCAGGGAAAGACCUCGGGAAAGAGUGUUCUAACUUUAUCCGGGUCCUCCAACCCUUCAACCAGACCCACCUGUACAUCUGUGGCACAGGAGCCUUCCACCCCAUCUGUUCUUUUCUGGAAAUGGGCAAGAGGGCAGAGGAAAACAUCUUUCGACUGGCCUCGCAUUUCGAGAAUGGCCGCGGGAAAAGCCCCUACGACCCCAAAAUGCUCUCGGCCUCGCUGCUGAUCGAUGGAGAGCUGUACUCUGGCACAUCUGCUGAUUUCAUGGGAAGGGACUUUGCCAUUUUCCGUACCCUGGGAGAUCAUCAUCCAAUCAGAACAGAACAGCACGAUUCAAGAUGGCUGAACGACCCCAGGUUCAUAGGUGUUAACUUGAUCCCAGAAAGUGACAACCCUGAAGACGAUAAGAUCUUCCUGUUUUUCAAGGAGAACGCCAUGGACGGAGAGAACACUGGCAAGGCCACCAUAGCCAGGAUAGGACAACUGUGUAAGAAUGACAUGGGAGGUCACAGGAGUCUGGUGAACAAGUGGACCACUUUCCUCAAGGCCCGGCUAAUGUGUUCAGUGCCCGGGGUCAAUGGCAUCGAUACACACUUUGAUGAGCUGCAGGAUGUGUUCCUCAUGAGCUCCAAGGACCCAAAGAAUCCAGUUAUAUACGCUGUAUUCACCACAUCCAGUAACAUUUUUAAAGGCUCGGCAGUGUGCAUGUACAACAUGGCAGACAUCAGGAGGGUUUUCCUAGGUCCCUACGCCCACAGAGAUGGACCCAACUACCAGUGGGUGCCUUUCCAGGGGAGGGUGCCCUACCCCCGCCCCGGCACUUGCCCCAGCAAGACAUUUGGAGGAUUCGACUCCACAAAGGACCUCCCUGAUGAUGUCAUCACCUUCGCAAGGGGUCACCCAGCCAUGUACAACCCAGUGCACCCGAUGGGCGGGCGUCCCAUCAUGGUGCGAACAGACGUGGACUACCAGUUCUCCCAGCUGGUGGUGGACAGAGUGGAGGCAGAGGACGGACAGUAUGACGUCAUGUUCAUUGGGACAGACAUGGGCACAGUACUGAAGGUGGUGACAAUACCCAGAGAGAGCUGGCAUGACCUGGAAGAGGUGGUGCUCGAAGAGAUGACCGUCUUUAGGGAACCCACUGCCAUUACUGCUAUGGAGCUGUCCACUAAGCAGCAACAGCUGUACCUUGGCUCUGGCCUGGGUGUAUCGCAGAUGUCGUUACAUCGUUGUGAGGUGUAUGGGAAAGCUUGCGCUGAGUGCUGCCUGGCCAGAGACCCUUAUUGCGCCUGGGACGGCAGCGAGUGCUCGAGAUACUUUCCUACCGCCAAGAGGCGAACCAGACGACAGGACAUCCGAAACGGAGACCCUCUCUCCCAAUGCUCAGAUCUUCAGCAUCAUGACGAUUCGGACGGCUUAGGAGGCAGCGUGGAGGACCGGGGUGUGUAUGGUGUGGAGAACAGCAGUAUGUUCCUUGAGUGCAGCCCAAAGUCUCAGAGAGCACUCACAUACUGGCAGCUGCAGAAGCCCAACGACGACCGCAAGCACGAGAUCAAGCUAGAUGACAGGGUGCUCCGUACAGACCAGGGCCUGCUCAUACGCAGUCUGACCCAGUCCGACACAGGUAUCUACCACUGCCAGGCUGUCGAACACGGCUUCAUCCAGCCCCUGCUGCGCCUCAACCUCCAGGUCAUCCCCGCCCAGAAACUGGGGGACAUCCUACCCGGACUUCCCGGUGCAGGAGGCGGGGUCGGUGCCUCUCCCAAGCACAGGCUGUGGUAUCGCGAUUUCCUGUCUCUCUUGGACCACCCAGACCUCAACAGCGUGGAAGAGUUUUGCGAUCGAGUUUGGAAGAAAGAACGCAAACAGAAGAGGGUGAAGACGCCCAACGGCAACGGUCAGGGUAAACCCGACAGCACUGGCGGUUCCAACCCUGCAUUACGGCCUAAAGCUUUAGCUCCCAACGCCCAGAAGCAGCAAGCCAGUCCACCACAGAGCAGGCCAGGGCCCCAGGCUGGAGUGCCAACAGUGGAAGGGUCAGCACGAAGCCAGACUACCCAGAAAGCUCAACCAAAUCUGGGUAUGUUGAGUGUCCAGGCACCUAAGAACAAUCAGAAGACGCAAAACGGCCAGAAGGGGCAGGGCAGCCAGGCUGGUUCUCAGGCUGCCGGGGGGUCGAGGGCGAGCAGCCAGCACGCAGCCAAGUGGAGACGGAUGCAGGAAAAUAAGAAGGGACGCAACAGGAGGACCCAUGAGCUUCAAAGACCCCCACGAAGUGUUUGAGAAAAAAAGCACAGAGAUGCACACAUGCAACCAGAUCUACACGUUCAAGCACAAACCCAUGCAUCCACACAGCAACACACAAACACAUUCUAUAGAUUGUGUGUCCAAUGUAAGGUUCAGUGGCCUCGCCAUAACAACAGCAGAACAAAAACCCGUAAAAAAAAACAGCAGCACACACUUUUAGAUAGACAUACAUGAGCUGCACUCAUGCAACAACUUUAAAACUUUAAUUCAAAGACACAAACUCAAAUGCACAUAACUUGUGAAGAGGACGAAGAUCAACAGAGGACUGAAAAACCGGAAUGCAAACUGUAAAUGUGUGAGGAUAUGGCUGGAUUCCGAGGAUACUGCCUGGCAGACACUUCAACUUCCUGUACAUAAGCUACUAAAAUAAGACUGGGACAAAAAUGUUUAGUGAGGUGUUUGUUGGCAUAUGGACUUAGUAUGCUGAAAGGACAGUUUUGGAGGCAUUAAGAGAUACACAGACAUUUCUGGAGAUGAAAUAAUGCGUCCAUUGCAACCUGCUGUCCUCUUUGACCUGAGCAUGUGAACUGCAAGAGUGUGUAUAUGGAAUGGAUAAAAAAAACCUCUUAUUUUGAAGAACUGUUUGAGGAGAAAAGAACCUUCCGUCUAGUCUUUUUCAAGUGAAGACAGACGAUAGCACCCUAAAAAAAAGAGGACAGGGAGGGGUUGCACCAGUGUCCCUCAUAAAACAAAUAGAAGCAUUAUCACAUGCAAAAAAACUGCAAAGUCAUGCCAGAGGUGCAGAGAAAGUGCUUCAAUCGAACCAUCUCCACCUGAGGCUGGGGAAACAUUGUGCAUGUUGUUGUCAAUCAAUGUUUUAAUAAGCUAGUUAUUUUAUGGAAUUCUAGACGCUUUUCUUUUUCUUUUUUUUUUACACCCUACCUAAAAAAAAUGUUACAUUUUUCUUUUAUAUUUCCUUUCCUUUUCCAGACCAGUGCUUCUAUUUUGGGGGGCUAAAAUUACAAGCAACAUAGUCUCAUUGUGCAUUAUCCCUUCUGCUCUUGAGGAUUCUAUGUAAGUUAUUAUGGUGUUGCUUUUUCUGGGAUUUAUAGAAUCUGGGCACGAAUUCCAGUCGUAGGCUGUGCUAAAAACCCAGUCUGAAACAGACUGCCAGUUGUUUUUGUGUACAUAUAUACAACAAACUUAACUCUCUGUGUAUAUACAGUACAUAUACAGUACAAGAACACCACUUGAUUAUUAUUUAUUGCUCAUUGUUUUGUGAAAGGGUUGCAUUUAUUUUUGAUAUUAUGGUGUUUUUGGCUCAUCAAUAUAUUGGAGAAACAAUGGCAACAGCAACUGAGAAAACUUUGAUGGACCAACUGGGUGAAAGAAUGUCAUCAAUCCCUUUUUGGGGAUAAAAGGGUUGACUUACGAGCACGAGUACAGGGGUUUGUGUCAUUGCUACAUUUUUGAUAGAGAUCCCACUAACGAUAAGCACAAUUUUGUCUCUUUUGACUUUCAUAACAUUUUCCUUUCUCCCAAAAUCCAUUCAACAUGUCUUUGUUCAUCCAGUAUCCAUUAUGUGUAAGAUAAUUCCCCAAAACUGAAAAACAUUAGCUGUGAAUCUCUGUAAGAAAUAGUGGAGAAAAAAGUAAAAUUUAGUCUGAAGGAGAAGACACGUUAUACUGCAUGUGAAUGCUACCUACAGUAAGUGCAUCUUUUUUUAUGGUCUCUUUACGUGUUUUGUGUGAGAGGUAAAGUUCCCUUAACGCAAGGUGUGAUUUACUUUUGUCCUUUUGCCAAAAACAGUGAUAUUAACUAGUCAUGAUACUCUGGCCAAAGCUGUUUAAGAUCCAAGCUCCUUAAACUUCGAUUCAACAAUGGUACCCAUAUAAUGUGUCAAUGCAAUAAUUUAGAGCAGAUAUAGUGUUCCCUACCAAUACUCCAACGUUUGGUGUGUCCCUGAUUCGGGUCUCUCCCUCAGAGUUAGUAAAGUGAGAGAGCUAAAAGUUACCGCUGCUGUAGCACAGUUCUUUCUGGCAUGCAUUCAGUUGUCUAAAUAAACAUCUCCGUUACAAAAAAAAAGUCCAUUUGUUCUCAUUUCAAUCAAAAAAACUUCCUGCACACGGUGUCCUCAGCUGCACUUCAUUUUAUAUAAAGGUAACACAAAAGGCUUCAUCUUUUAACAAUGUACGUCUGCUACUCCAGGGACAAAAACACAGCUGCACAUACAGGAUCAGAGAGAAACUAUCUGCAACACUUUCUUUCACCCGAAUGAUAAAUAAUCAAAAUGAUCAAAAUAAUAAUCUACAGCCACGAUUUAGCUAAAUGCUAAUCUCAGCAUGCUCAGAAUGAAGGCUAACACGCUGACGUUUAACAGGAAUGUUGAUCACGUUCACCAACGUAGUUUAGAAUGUUAAAAUGCUAAUAUUUGGUGAGGCUGAUGGGAUUGCCACUAGUUUUACAGAUACUUUAUGUGCAACGUAUCUUUUUAGAAACACUGCCCCCGUUACGCUGCAUACUUCACAGAACACGCUGUCAACAGUGUUCAUGGGAACUAUGUCUUUGAAUGAAAGACAUA